UUCUUCAGGAGCCUUUCCCUAAAGGUUGUGCAGCUUGUUGUCUCUCACGGAAUCGAAGCAGAGGAUCGCCCCGGCAUCUUCUGCGAUACGAUCGAUGGCUGAUAGAAACCAGCACCUGAGAGAAUCCAGAACAUCCUAUUUUCUUGUUAUUUGUGCUUCCUCUGUAUUCAUUUGAUCGAUAGAAGGGUUUUGGAUUGGAUUGGAUUGCGAUAGACGACGCAGAUCCAGGGAGGAUGCGGAACGUAAGGCGGGAUCUGACAGAUAAGGAUGCAGAGCCAUUUGAGGAGGUGGAUCCGACAGGGAGAUAUGGACGAUACGGGGAUCUUCUAGGUACCGGCGCGACAAAGAAGGUUUACAGAGGGUUUGAUCAGGAGGAGGGGAUUGAAGUGGCUUGGAAUCAGGUGAGAUUGCGGAGCUUCAACGAGGAUCCGCAGAUGCUUAAUCGCCUGUUCUCGGAGGUGCGGCUUCUUCGUUCUCUGCGUCAUGAGAACAUCAUCGCUCUCUACAGCGUGUGGAUGGACGCCGAGACUGGUACACUGAAUUUUAUCACCGAGGUCUGUACUUCUGGAAACCUCCGCGAGUAUCGCAAUAAGCACCGCCAUGUUUCGCCCAAGGCUUUGAAGAAGUGGAGCCUCCAGAUACUUGCUGGUCUUGAUUACCUUCACAACCAUGACCCCUGCAUCAUUCAUCGCGAUCUAAAUUGCAGCAAUGUAUUCAUGAAUGGAAAUUCUGGCAAGCUGAAAAUUGGUGAUCUCGGCCUCGCCGCCAUAGUUGGCAAAAGCCACGAAGCUCACUCAAUACUCGGCACGCCAGAGUUCAUGGCUCCCGAACUCUACGAUGAGAACUACACCGAACAAGUAGAUAUCUACUCCUUCGGCAUGUGCGUAUUAGAGAUGGUGACCCUAGAAAUUCCUUAUAGCGAGUGCGACUCCGUGGCCAAGAUCUACCGCAAGGUCACCGCCGGCAUCCCACCCGCCGGCCUCAGCCGCAUCCGCGAUCCUGAAUUCCAUGCUUUCAUCCAGCGCUGCCUGGGCAAGCCCAACGCCCGUCCUUCUGCUUCCGAGCUCCUCCGAGACCCCUUCUUCGCCAGUCUCAAUGCCCCUCCUGCCAGCCUCCCGCCGCCAUACUCCAUCUCCGGAGAACGUGCUAGGCAGAAUACGACUGACCACCCGUCAUGCUCUGCGGCUGCGUCCGCCGGGCUCGCAAGCCUGCGGUUAGUCGAGAAAAGCACGCCGGCUCAACGGCACUGAAACCGGCUGCGAGACUGAAUAAUAGGAGGGUAGAUGAGAUAACUGUUACUUUUCUUCGUCGUUUGGCAGGGAAAAGUAAAGUUUGCCGAUUUCAUGGAGCCGAGAAGUUCAACCGGUUGAAAGGCAUGAAGUGAUUUACACAUCUACCCUUUUAGCGGGGCAAAGCCGUUAAGCAUGAUCUUGAAAGGGUAGAAUUUUAAAUCAGUUCGUAGCAUAUUGAUUGUAUAUUCGGUUUCAUGAAGUCGGCUACUUGAGCUCUCUCUCUCUCUCUCUCUUAAUGUCAAAAAAAUAGUAAUUUGGUCAUGGAAAACGAUGCGUUUAACUGAUUCUGAUAAAAAAGUAGUUUUUUGUUUUU